AUGAGCCACCGGACCUCCUCCGCCUUCAGAGCGGAGAGAAGCUUCCGUUCUUCCUCGUCCUCCUCCUCUUCCUCUUCAGCCUCUCGUGCCCUUCCAGCCCAGGACCCACCCAUGGAGAAGGCCUUGAGCAUGUUCUCAGAGGAUUUUGGCAGUUUCAUGAUGCCCCGCUCGGAGCCCCUGGCCUUCCCAGCCCGUCCCGGGGGACAAGGCAGCAUCAAGACCCUGGGGGAUGCCUAUGAGUUCACAGUGGACAUGAGGGACUUCUCCCCUGAGGACAUCAUUGUCACCACCUCCAACAACCACAUCGAGGUUCGGGCUGAGAAGCUGGCAGCUGAUGGCACGGUCAUGAACACCUUUGCUCACAAGUGCCAGCUACCAGAGGAUGUGGACCCUACCUCGGUGACCUCCGCCCUGCGGGAAGAUGGCAGCCUCACCAUCCGGGCGAGGCGUCACCCCCACACAGAACACGUCCAGCAGACCUUCCGGACGGAGAUAAAAAUCUGAGGCUCUCCUCCCCGGCCCUCCUCCCCCCAUCUCCUCCCCAACUGGCCUGCUGGUGAGGUCACCCUGACCCCUGACAAUGACCCCCAGAACAUCUCAGCCUAGGCCCCAGUCACUCCACGUACUCUUAGGCCCCAGGUGGGUCAAACACCCCACCCCCACCCCCAACUAGGGCCCUCCUCCCCACCCAGGGCAGUCCAGAGACCCUCUUGCCUUCACCCAGAUAGGCCCUCCCUAUCUUAGUUCACAACACAGUGUUUGAGGUACAGACCUGGGGAGCAAGAUGAGGACUGAGCCUCUGAGGAAAUGAUCUGUAGGACAGAGCGACACCAGUGGCAUUUCUGUGGGGCAGGGGACCUGGGUCCCUCCUGGCGAGUGUUAUGUGAGAGGUUGGCCACAGGCAGCGCUGUUGACUUUGGUGGACUGCCUCAGAGAAGCCAGAGAGAUAGCCGUGACUGUCACCUCCCCUUGCAACUCUCCAAGCCUCAAACCCAGGGCUUCCUGUCACCCUGGGCCUCCCAACAGAUACUUACGCCAGGCAAGGGUGCCCUUACCCAGAUGGAGUUCAUUAAGGUGACGCGAGGCUCCUGUCUCCCUCCACCUGCUGGUGCCUUGGGCCGGAUGGGGUGAGGAGAGCAGGUCCUUCUCCCUCUCGCCAGAGCUCCAGGCUCCUGGGUGACUUCGGAAGGGAGAGCAAGCACAGGACUUAUUAACCACGAAUCUAUACACACAUACACGUGCCGUUGUCCUGUCAUUAAAUGCUCAUUUCCGCUGGUUAGAGCCCAAUCCAAAACACCCUAGAAUCAGACGUAGCACCUUUAUUUUCAUCGGGGGAGACACGCACCUCUGAGCCAGUUGGCUACUUGACUCUGUCCCUGAAGGUUGGCUUUGAACCCAGCACCGCCUCAGCCACUCUCAGCCUCUCACCGCUGCACUGGGGAGAGUCUCCCUCAUUCCUCCUCUCUAGAGCCACAUGGCCAGCUCACCUGUCGCAAUGCAGAGGGAGGCCACAGGAAGGGCCCCAACACAGACCCCCUCUGGCCUCCCAAAUCCGGGGCAAAGAUCCUUGUCAGCCUUAACCCUGGGGGACCUGGGCUCUAACUAGGUCUCCCACUUGUAGAAGCAGGUGUGAGAGAGCUGGUUGGGGUCCCUGAGGCCUCUGUCUCCUGCUGUCUUGGGGCUCUGGGCACAGGGAGGGUGGGGGGACAUGGGAAUCUGGUCUCUAUAACCUGUACACAAUAAAA